AUGAAGGGUGAUAGAAUGCCAACUAUUCUGUCACCGAUUGCUCUUGCAAUUGGUGAAGAUUAUACGGAUCAAUGGAUUGAAUAUCUAUUAGAUCCUUUAACAUUGAAACAACAUUUGUUAGCAUUAAAAGAAAAGAAAACCAAUCAUCCAGAUUCACAAUCGAUUAUAAAGACAUUCCUGAAACAGUAUGAUAAGUAUGUAGCAUCGCAGCAGAUGCAUAGAUCUACUAUGCUACUAGAUCUUACACUAGAUGUCGUGACAACACUCGAAUUUGCAUUGGAAGACUUUGAGAGAGUUGUGCCUAUUAAAUAUCAGCGUAUUCUAUUAGAACAUCUAUUCGAAUCAUUCACAAACAAUACAAAUGGUAAUAGUAAUAGUAAGAGCAACAGCAAUGGAGAUGUCGUUGGCUAUGUAAAAUGGUAUGAACCAUUCUUACAUCGUUGGUUGAUUCGAAGUGUAAUUAAAGGUGUUGCUCUAAAGUAUUUAUUGGCACAACCCAGUAGUAAUAGUAAUAGCAAUACAUCUAUAUUAUCACCUUCAUUGUUAUCAAUACAACAACAACAACAACAACAACAACAACAGCAUGUACAGAGAGAUGAAAUACCAUCUACACCACCAUCAACACCACCACCUACACCACCACAAUUCAUUGCAAGUCAACAUGUUGAACAUCAACAACAACAACAACAACAACAACCAAAUCCAAAUAUACAAUCAGGUGUACCAUUGGAUGAAGUACUUCCGAAAUCAAUAGAAUAUCUACUGAAUUGGAGUAAGAAAGCGGUGAGCGAGAAAGAUCUAAUCAGUUGUGUCGUACAUAUCACAAUGGAACUAGGUGAACUUGCAUUCUACAGAAAUAGCUACAUAGAAGCAAAACAAUACUUUGAUCAUUCUCUAACAAUCAUAUCAAAGAAUAACAUAGAUUUUACAAAAAAGAAUAGAAUCGACUCAUUCUUGUUGGCUAUUAAUUCCGUUGAGGUAUAUCAAGAGAGUGAAUCGUCGUCUAAAGAGAAUAUGGUGCAGCAGAUGGUAAUGCUUAGUGAUUCUCUACCGACACAGGUGGAGAUAGCUCUUGCUCUGACAGACUUUAGUAUGCUAUUGGAUUUACUCUAUCAGGAUAUACUGCCAUCUGACGAUAGAACAUCGGAUAGCUAUCCUAUCAGUAACGGUAAUGGUAAUGGUAACAAUACUGGUAACAAUAACAGUCACAUCGGAUAUAACCUUGAUUGGCAAUUCCGAAUGAACCUACUACAAGAUAAAUCGAUACCAACAACAACAAGAGAUUCAAUCUAUUGUUUAAAUUUAUUGAAAUCAUCUAUUAAUAAUUUAUAUUUCUCAAUUGAUUUAAUAUGGUUUAAUAAUAAUGAUAUUAUAAACUAUUUAUUUAAAACAGUUGAAUCAUUGUUGAAAGAGUUGCAGUCGAGUAAGAACAAACGAUAUGAUCUCUAUUGUAAUAGAUUAAAGUUCACUCUAAACAAGCUUGGUAAUGAACUUUUACAUAUUGAUAAUAGCAAUUUAGGUAAUCUAUAUUGGAAUGUAUUUAAAUCGAAAUUAAUAGUAGAUGUUGAAAGUUGUAAUUUUAGAAAGAGAAAGUCUGAGGAGAAUGAUAAGGAUAAAGUUAAUGGUGUUACUAGUAAUAGUAAUAAUAGUAAUAAGAAACAGCUAUUGGAGGUAGAUGAGACAAAUGAAAGUGUAACAGUUCUAGGUGUAUAUAAUGAGUUUAUGGCAGAGGAAGUAGAUUUGGAGAGAACUAUACAACUAAAGACAAUACUAAUAGAACGAUUCAAAUUCACACCACAACAAAUAGAUAAUAUAAUAUAUAAGAAAGCAUGCUAUUUAACUGCUAAUUCAAAGAAUAAUAUUGCUAUUAAAGUAUUAGAUAUGACAACAUCAACAUCAACAAAACAAAUGAAAUCAAUAGAAUAUCUAAGAUUAUUGAUACAAAUCAUAGAUAAUAAUAAUAAUAAUAAUAAUAAUAAUAAUAAUAAUAAUAAUAGUAGUGGAGAUGAAUCAAGUGUGUCAGAUCAAACAUUGUUUAUUGAAAAGUUCAGUACGAUUUUCAAUGUUAAUGUAACGCAACCGACACUACCAGACUACUCGGUGUUGUUAAGCAUGUUCACGACAUUACUGAAUAGUAAGCAGUAUUUACAGAUACAGUCACUGUGUAAUCUACUCUUACAAAAGGAUAAACCACAACAACAACAGCAACAACAACAACAAUUUCUUCAACAAUACAACGCAGAGUUAAAUCUAAUCUCUAUAAUGUUAUCACUUGAACAACUUGCAACUCUAUUAAAUCAAUUCGAUAUCUAUCAAAAUAGUACUAAACAAACCAAUCAUAAUAAUAAUAGCAGUAGUAGUACAUCUUCAAAUGAUAUAAUGGAUAUAGAUCAAACUAAAUUGAUACAAGAUAUAAUUAAUACAUUCCAAACAUUCAUGACAAAGUUGACAUUCAAUAAACAACUAUGGUUGUUUAACGCUAGUUAUUACAAUGGUGCACAACUCAUUGUUAAUGACCAACCCAUUACACAUAACGAAAUCAAUUUAGAAUUCUAUGGUGAACUAUCAACAUUGGUAUCGAAUUCUUUGACUAACCAAUCGAUAAACGAUAUCAACAUUAACUGUAAUGAAUAUGUGGAGAUUCUUAUGAAUACGCUGUUACGUAUCAAUGCGAUAGGACUUCAACCGUGCCAUACAUCGAAAUACUGCUAUAGAGGCAAGUCAUUCUGUGCGAUUGGUGAUGUCUACUUUGAUGCCAAGCGAUACUCAGAUGCUCUAAGAUACUAUCUAAUAGGAUUAUCAAUGGAAACAUCUUUCUUUUCACUAGGAAAUAAUAGUAAUAGUAGUAGCAAUAGUAAUGGUAAUAGUAAUAAUCAUCAACAUUCAAUGACUCCAGAACAUAUGAUCGAUAAGUUGGCACCGAGAAUACUACAGUGUCUUCAAGAGUUACAGUUUUCAAUGCAAGCAGUCAUAGUCAGCCAGUUGCUACCUACACAAAUUAUAUCUACACCUAUGCUAAACGAAUUCAAUCCACAGGAAAUUCGAACACUCUACGUCAAUAAUACUAAAACUAAUUUUUGGAAAGCAUUGACCUCUGAUUUUCUGUUGUCAUAA